AUGUAAUUUAUAGAAUUCUUAAUUUCAUAACUUUUCCCUAAACCUCCAUUCAAAAAUUCUAUUCGCCCAAAUCGUAUCAAAAAGGGUAAUCCCAAUCAAUCCAAUAUUCUUAGAAUAAGAAAUUUGUCAAUCCCUAGAACUGAAUUGGAUCUCAAACUCCAAUGUAGAUAUUAUACAAUUCGAUUCACAAGGAUGCAGAACCCAAAUCAAAUUAAAUGAGUUAUACCCCUUCUCCCAACCUCAAUUNUACAUUAAAUAAAUACAUAAUAUUAAUUAAUUAGAGAGUAUUUUAUAUCAUUGA